CCGUCUCCCCUUAUAUAGAGUAGGAAACAUGCCUCUUUCUGAGAGUAAAAUCCUUCAACCUUCCUGCAGCAGGAAACUAUGCAGAAAUCUCUUUGGACCAGUUGAUCAUGAGCAGGUCCAGAAGGACUUUCAGUCCUUGAUGAAGGUCCAGCUGGAGGAAGCCCAACAAAAGUGGAACUUUGACUUUGAAACAGAAACCCCUCUGGAAGGGAAUUACAAAUGGGAGAAGGUCUCUCAUCUAAAUAUGCUGCCAUCUCCAGAUCUCUUGGGCCAUACAAAGGAGAACAGCUGUACAGGGGAAAAGAGCCGGAGUUCACCAGCACUCUUCAAGAGGCACACAAAGACAGAGAGACAAGUGCAGAUGGGCCUUGAAGCUUGUAAGGCUGACUCCCCCAGAUGUUUGAAAAGAAAGCAGACAAGUAUCAAAGACUUUUAUGGUUCAAAGCGAAGAACUAUCCCUUAUAAGUCAAAGCCAUGAUAACAACACUGCAAGCAAAGUGCAUCCAUGUAGUCUGUUGGCUGAAGAUCUUGACCUGUCUUUAUUAUUAUUUGCUGGAAUGACCUACUUGGGUACCAUACCCAGUGAACUCAUGCAGGAUGGCUAUUUUGAAGGACCAGCUAAUCAGCAUUACAAUUCCUUCUCUGAAGAUCCAGAUAUCUGUUAUUUUAUGUAAACUGUUUUAGUGGACUAGUAUAACACUUCAGAAGGAUAUAGUUUUUUUUAAUCAUUGGUAGCACUGGAGCCUUAUGUGCAAUGAAAUAUUGUAAAAUCUUAUCUUUAAAUAUACCGUAGGUAAGUUGCAGCACGAGGGAUCAUAUCUAAAGGGCCAAGUGGGUAGGGGCCAGUUUGAUGGACACAAGAAAGGGCCAACAUAAGUUCUGCUAGCUGCAGAGAACUGUUUUAUGUGUUAUCUACUUGCCAUCUUUUAUGGGCCUCAGGAAAAGCUUGAUAUGAUCUCACUACAUGCGGGUGCCGAUCCAGGAAUCAAUAGAAGUAUAGGAUAAUAUCUUAGACUUGUGAUCUUCCUACAUCUUUUUACUCCAUUAUAUUUAAAGAAAUAUUGUGAGGGGAAAAGAAAGGAUUGGGUGUUUUUUUCAGGCUGGUAAGGGAUUUUCUUAAAGAUGAAGAAUCUAUGGUUAUGGUGGGGACAAAUGUACAUCAAACCAUAGCACUUACUGCUGUGAAGAGAGUAGGGUUGGAAAUAUUGUAUAACAUUGUAGCCUUUAUCAGUUAUUUUUCUGGGUAAUUUAUAUGUCCUUUUGUUAUAUAACUGUACAGAAAUAUAUGAUAUAACUGCCUCUCAAUAAUACAAAAGACAGAAGAUGCAACACAUAAUAUUAGUGAGAGAGACAGGUAUAAUCAUAAAAUUGAGCAUACUUCACUACUGUCUUACUUGCUCCUUCCAUACAGUAUGUUCUUUGCCAGCAUUAUUAGCUAUUGAAUCUGCAGAUUGUUCAGUUUGUAAUUAUGUAGCACUGUAGUGAUUAGUGAGGGGAAAUAGUAUGUGCUAGCAAGGGUGGAUGUAAUAUAAUAUUUGACUUUCCGUUGCCUUAUUUCACUGUUAUAGCAAAUUUGUGAUAGAAGCUGAUAUAAGCACUUGGCCCAGACUUGCUUUCUGUAAUUCCUAUAGACUUUAUGUAAGAGGCAUUGCCAAACUGGCAAUUGUAUCACUUAAAUUAGUAUGAGAUAAUCUAAUUUACAGAUUACUUUUUGUUUGGAAUUUGGGGCUAUUAUAAAUACUUGCUGUUGCACUUUCAUAUCAAAUAUCCAAAUCUUAAUCCUGGGUACAGUGUACUAUUAUAAUCAAAAGUGCAGGCCUUAUUAUAAUCUUUAUUGCCAUCUUGUUGUAAUAGGUUAGGGACAACGGUCCCUUUUCAAAAAUUUGUUACAAUACUGUAACAUGUUUUUUUUUUUUUUAGGAAAUUGCUCCUUUUAUCAGGUCAUUUGUAGUUUUAACCAUGAAAGAAAAGCUUCUUGAUUGAGUUUGGAGAUUCAUGUUGCUUCCAUCUGCACAAGGGCCAAUCUAUCAGAAAAAGGCACUUUUUAUAUAAUAGAUUUCCUUAGGAUCUUCUGAAGUUUUUAGUUAGAAUUUCUAUAGACACAUUUGGCCACUUUGACAGUUGCACUUUUACAUUCAGGAUUAUGCUGGGAUUCUUGAGCAUUAAUCCAGUUGUGAAUAUAAUGCUGCUGAACUGACUAAGUCUGAGAGUAAAAUAAAGCCACUUCAUAAUGGAACAACA